ACUAGCUUUUACCCUUUAUUUUUCUUUGCCUUUCCCUUUGGUUCCAAACACUAACAUCACAAAUCCUCUUCUUUUUGGUUAUAGAAACAAGACACCUUUCUGCCAUUCCCCUCAGCCAAGGCUUAUUCUCUUUGAAUCUCAAAUUAACACCAUGUCAUUGCAAUUGCCAUUGACCCUUUUCUUCUUCUUGUGCAUCCUCUUCUUCCCUUGCUACCUGUGCCACAACCCUGACUCAGACAGAACAAUCACCCUUAAGCCUAUUUUGCUAACCCCAUCCAAGCCUACGACAACAAUCCCUGCAUUCCCUGAACAAUCUGAUGUUGCAGGGUGCCCUCUUACCCUCUCAGAUGAAUUCUUUGAUGGGAUCAAAAGUGCAUGUGGUGGCACCAAAAGUGGUGGUGGUGAUAACAUGGAGCUCCACCACAGCAGGUGCUGCCCUGUGCUUGCAGCAUGGUUGUAUUCAGCAUAUUCUGCCACUGCACUAGGCCAUGGGCAUGCCACAGCAGCAUAUGACAUGAUGCCCUUGCUGCCAGAUGACUCAGAAACCUGUGUGAAUGAGCUGGGAAAAGCCUUGGAAGUGAGGGGAAUUGAGCUGGCCAAGCCUAAUGAGACUUGUGAUGUGGUGUACUGCUUCUGUGGCAUUAGGCUGCACCACUUGACAUGCCCUGAUGCAUUUUCUGUUGGCCAAAGUGGGGAGCUUGUGGGGGAUGCAAGUGUGAGAAGGUUGGAGAAGAGUUGCUUGAGUAGCACCACAAAUGUCAAUGGCUUACCAGGUCUUGGAGGCUGCUCUAAGUGCUUGAAUAGCCUCUAUUUGCUUAACAAGAAGACUUCAAAUUCAAGCAAAGCAGAAGACAGGACCACCAAGAUCCACAACAAAGCUUGUGAGAUCAUGGGCCUGACAUGGCUUCUGGCUAAGAACAGAACAGCUUAUAUGCACACGGUUUCGGCAGUUCUUCGUGCAUUGAUGCUGAACACUGAUGGCUCCUACCCUCAAUCCUGCUCUCUAAACAGUGAUGGAAUGCCUUUAGCUGUGGAUUCAUCUGAAAUCUCUGAUCACUCUUCAUCAACCGCCCUCCAACCACCCUCCUAUGUUUCUUUGUGGUUACUUUGUUUGCUACUACUAAAUGUGCAUUUUGCAAUGUUAUCCUCUUAGCUCCAAUAUGAUGAACCAAAAGAGGAUCUCAAGCAUGACAUUUUGUAGAUUUGAAUCUGUGAUGUUGUUGCAUAGGAAUGUAGUUUUUUUUCUGAGUUAUUGAAUGCAAUAGGGUGAGUGAGGUGUGAUAUUUGUCACGGUUUUGUUUUAGUGGACCACCAUAAUAGGGUGGCAUUUUUCAUACUUAUGUGCUUGACGGGCAAUUUAUGCAUUAUGGAACAUUAACUUCA